GAAAAGGAGGGUUGUGGAGCCUUCAUGCAUAUGCAUAAAGUGUUAGGACUGGUCAUAAGCACAGGAUAAAAGAGGUUCUGUGGUGCAGAUAGGUGUGAAGACGGUAGCAGGAAUCACUCUUCUGUUGAUGACCACCUGUUGAGAGAGCCAUCAGACUCAACGCUAUCUUUGGGGAUAACCAACCUGCUCAGAAGGCUCCUGUUGCAGAGGGCUCGCUUUUCCCUCGCCUCUCGUGAAGGCCUUGUGGAUUACAGCAUGGGAAGACUGACCAGGAAGAAGGCUGAGGAUCCCAGGAAGAAGCCUCUCUUUGUUCUUGCCACUGUCCUGCUGCUCAGCUCAGCAUAUGCAGGGCAAGAGGCCUAUGACCCAGUGCAGCCCUGCUCUGACUUUCAGACUGCAAGCUUCUUGCAGGGCACGAAACUUAAGGUCCAGUUUCUUCUGUUCACCUCCUCAAACCCCAGCUGUGGGCAGCUGAUAUCACUUGGCGAUGACAUCAAGAACUCCAACUUCAAUAUCAGCCUGGACACCAAGAUAAUAAUCCAUGGCUUCAGAGCACUGGGCACAAAGCCCUCCUGGAUCAAUGGACUCAUGGGUGCAUUCUUCCGAGCUGCCAAGGUGAAUCUGGUCGCAGUUGACUGGAUUUAUGGAGCUACAAGAACCUACCCUGGUGCUGUGGAAAAUGUCAUGGAGCUGAGCAUAGAGAUCUCUCGUUUCAUCAGCAAGUUGCUGGCACUCGGAGUGUCAGGGACAUCUAUCCACCUCAUUGGGGUGAGCCUUGGAGCACAUGUUGCAGGUCUGGUGGGGCAGUUCCAUGGAGGCCAGCUGGGAAGGAUUACAGGGCUGGAUCCUGCGGGGCCCAAGUACACAAAAGCCGGCCGUGAGGAGCGCCUGGAUCCUGGAGAUGCUCUCUUUGUGGAAGCCAUUCACACCGAUACAGACAAUUUUGGUAUCCGGAUUCCUGUAGGCCAUAUUGAUUACUUCAUCAAUGGAGGCAAAGACCAGCCUGGAUGCCCCCGGUUCAUCUCAUUAGGGUAUAACUAUCUGAUCUGUGAUCACAUGAGGGCGGUACAUCUCUAUGUCAGUGCCCUGGAGAAUUCCUGUCCUAUGAUGGCGUUUCCAUGCUCAAGUCAUGAAAAUUUCCUUGCUGGCCACUGCCUGGACUGUUACAAUCCUUUCCUGCUCUCCUGUCCCAGAAUAGGGCUGUUGGAGCGCGGUGGAGUCAGCGUGGCAAAGCUCCCCGAGGAGGUGAAAGUUUACUUGGUGACUGCCUCCUCAGCCCCAUACUGCAUGUACCACAGCCUGGUGGAGUUUCACUUGCAGCAGAAGAGAAGCUUGGUCACCAACCUUGAGAUCACCUUCCGCAGCAGCAACUCUACAGCCAGCGUGAAGAUCACCAUACCUAAGCAGCAGCAACUGGGCAAAGCGGUGCUGGCUCACCCAGUCCCACUGUGCCAGAUAGAUGCAGUGACGCUGAAGUAUCUCCCCAAGUUGCAAAUCUGGAGGAAGGACAAGGCCAUCAUCAUUGGCAACUUCUGUACAACCGCACUGCCUGUCAGUAAUCGUGAGAAGAUGUUUUGCCUGUCUCAGUAUGUGUCCCUGACAGCGACCAGGCCCUUUGAACAUGACCUGGCAGUGGUCUGUGCAUAGGAGAGUCCCCUGGAGCAUGUAGCAUGCACAGGCACAGUGCUGGGCUCCAAAAUUUACUUCCUCCCUCUGGACAAUACUUCCUCCAAAAAGGACAGAACCAGUUGGAUUUUUCAUCCACCCACCUUGAGGAUAGAAUGAAUAACAGCUCUGGGAAGAGAAGUGCACUGCCGAAAGGAAAGACUAUGGUCAAGUGGUCAGAGCAGCAGAUUGGCAGUUAGGACUAGUGGGCUCUAUUCCCAGCUCUACAAAUGCACCAUUGUGAGACCUUGGACAAAUCGCUUAAUCUUGGCUUCUCCCUUUGUCAAAGGGGCUGAUAAUGCUCAUCUUUCAAGAAGAUCGUGAGUGUCGGUUAAUUCCUUAAUGUUUCCAAAGUGCUUUGAGAUCUUCACAUUAAAUGCCCCAGACAUGCAAAUAUUAUUGCUAUUAGUGAACAUGCAGCUGUAUGGCUUUGGUUUUGUAGGGGAAGGGGUCAUUCCCCUAGCAACACACACACACAGACGUGAAAAUAACUAGUCCGGGCCAUGGAUGCCAACAGAGUUGGAGGCCCUCUUGAUUUCAUAUGAGUGGUCCUGCAGAGUAAUCAGCAUUGAUAUGUUUUUUCUUAUCAUGACAAGACUCCAGCUGCUAUUCUGGCUAUCUGAUUGUCAUUUUGUCCAUGGGUCUCUUUGGCAAAGCUGAUGUGGCCUGUUCUUGGAUACUCAGAUUUAUCAGAGCCAGGAAUGUUCAAAUAUCAAAACAGACCAUUUAUUAGUAAGAAAAAAACCACACCAAAACCACUCUGAAAAAUAAGGCUCAUCCCUAAUUCAGGAACUCAUCUACAUUUAGAUGCUCAAUAGCCCUGGCAGUUGGAGAUCAAGAGAUACAGCCAGAGGAGUCAGUGACGAGCUCUGCUCCGAGGGCUGGACAAUCUUUCUGCAACUUCUUCUGCAAGAGCUUUGCAUCUAGCCUUGGGAGAGUGGCCCUGCGCCUGGACACUCAGGCCUUUCCUGGCAGUAGUCUCUCAGCCAGAGCUCAUCAGUCUCUUUAGGGCCAGUCCCUUUCCUCAGGGGUUUCCCAAUCAAACAUGUUUUAAUAAAUACCUAAGAACAUCAGGGUUCUAACCCCUGAAUUGGCCACCUCACCAGACAGACAGACUUGAGGUGGAGAAGCCCUUUCCUUGCAUGAAAGAAAUAGAACACAGAGGUCAAGAGAACAGCUGGCCAGCAGAAACAAGUCGGGACAAGAGCAAAGGAGAGGCCUUCAUCUGGAGCCAGGAGGCUUCCCCACCAUGACAAGAUUCAGAACCCUACAGAUGGGUAAUUGGGUUGGGGAGGGAAGGGAGUGAAGAAAGAACCCUACAAAACUUGGGUCCUGCGCUCAUCCCUUGGGACAGCAGUUGCCCAUCCAGUUUAUAGGAGUCUAUCCCUAUCGGGCAUGUUUUCUAAUCCUUUAAUCAUUCGUGUGGCUCUUCCCUCUCCAGUUUAUCAACCUCCUUCUU